CUUGGCUCUGUGCAUUAUAUUUCAUAUUGUUGGAAUACAAGUAAAGUAAGUUUUCUAAUUUUUAAUAUAAAUUCUAAUUUAAACGGAAGGCUGCCGUUGAUUUAACAAUGUCUGAUAAUGAUGAUGAUUUUAUGUGCGAGGAUGACGAAGAUUAUGGAUUGGAAUACUCAGAAGAUAGUAAUUCGGAACCUGAUGUGGAUUUGGAAAAUCAAUACUACAAUAGCAAAUCUCUGAAAGAGGAUGAUCCUAAAGCUGCUUUGGCUUCCUUCCAAAAGGUUUUGGAUUUGGAGAACGGCGAGAAGGGCGAAUGGGGAUUUAAGGCUUUAAAGCAAAUGAUUAAAAUUAAUUUCAAACUAAACAACUAUGAGGAAAUGAUGGUUCGGUAUAAGCAAUUACUAACUUAUAUUAAGAGUGCAGUCACACGCAAUCACUCGGAGAAAUCUAUUAAUUCUAUUCUAGAUUAUAUUUCUACUUCUAAGAAUAUGGAGCUUUUGCAAAAUUUCUAUGAAACUACCUUGGAAGCUUUAAAAGAUGCCAAAAAUGAUCGUUUGUGGUUUAAGACCAAUACUAAAUUGGGCAAACUAUAUUUUGACCGCAACGAGUUUGGUAAAUUGCAAAAAAUCCUCAAACAACUGCAUCUAUCUUGUCAAACCGAUGAUGGCGAAGAUGAUUUAAAAAAAGGCACUCAACUCCUAGAGAUUUAUGCAUUGGAAAUCCAGAUGUACACAGUCCAAAAAAAUAAUAAAAAGCUAAAAGCGCUAUACGAGCAAUCAUUGCAUAUUAAAUCGGCCAUACCGCAUCCAUUGAUAAUGGGUGUCAUUCGAGAGUGCGGUGGUAAAAUGCAUUUGCGCGAAGGUGAAUUUGAAAAGGCACAUACGGAUUUCUUUGAAGCAUUUAAGAAUUAUGAUGAGUCUGGCUCACCGAGACGUACGACAUGUUUGAAGUAUUUGGUGCUGGCAAAUAUGCUUAUGAAAUCUGGUAUUAAUCCAUUUGAUUCUCAAGAAGCUAAACCCUACAAAAAUGAUCCGGAAAUUUUAGCCAUGACCAACCUAGUAGUUUCCUAUCAAAAUAAUGACAUUAAUGAAUUUGAGUCAAUAUUGCGAACAAAUCGCAGCAACAUUAUGGCUGAUCCUUUCAUACGAGAACACAUCGAAGAUCUAUUACGCAAUAUACGCACACAAGUCCUAAUAAAAUUGAUAAGGCCGUACAAAAAUAUUGCCAUACCAUUCAUAGCCAACGCAUUGAACAUCGAACCAUCGGAAGUAGAAAGCCUUUUGGUCUCAUGUAUACUAGAUAACACGAUUCAGGGACGCAUUGAUCAGGUAAAUCAAGUUUUGCAAUUGGAUAAAGAGAAUAGCACCGGCUACCGCUACAAUGCCAUCGAGAAAUGGUCCAACCAAAUUCACUCAUUACAAAUGGCUGUUAUAAACAAAAUGGCCUGAGUUUAUAUAGACAGAACAGCAGGAAGCAGAAUACUAAAACUAAUACCACACAUCCAACAACGAUUACUGCGGCCCAUCCCGGUUUUGACCAGUCUAGAAUUUCGUAGAUGUACGCAUUACCACUCCUAAAAAAGUUUUGGAAGGAAAAUGAAAUAAAUAGUUGGUGUAUUUGGAA